CAACGCGAAAAAGCCACGAUGUGAAUUAAAACGCGCCGCUAAUCCGUGUAAUUCCUUUUUUUAAGAUUUACGUUUCUUGAAUGAGCUUGUUCUUUCGCACUUCUUAUGACGUUAAAGUCAUGCACUAUACAGACAGAUAUACAUGUGUGCAUUUGUUUUUUCUUUAAUUCGCGCGUGAGUUCUUAGUUCUGUCAUUUCAAGCAUUUCAAGAUAUCAUUCAAUUUUAUUUAUCUUUCAUUAAUUUCGACAGCCAUACUGUAGGUAAACAUAACUGAAAAACAAAAAUAAUUAUUAUCUUUUUUCCAUCUUAAAUAAACUCUUCGUUGGAAGAGUGAAUGUUUAAUGAAACGAUUCUUUUAAUCGGGAACUCCGUAUACAUUCAAAGAACGUAUUUUUGCAGAAACGACUGCUCUUUAAGUUUCUCAACUUGCCAUUGCGAAAAUAUGACACAAAUAGAUGUCUCGUGCUUCAAAGGAGAGUUUUAUUUCUGGCAAACCGCACUCUCUGAACUCGAAUCGUUAUACAGGAAACGUGCAACUCUUGCACGUUAAUCUAUAUUCGUUAUUAAGAGUACUUAAAGAAAAGGAAAGUAAGAAGACUACUUUUUCUUCGGUUUAUCGUAAUUACGCAAACAGCUCUUAGUUGUAUCGUUAGGAUCCUUUGCGCGUUGAAAGCCGAUCUCCCUCGUUUUAAACAUACAAAAUUGAAUUUGCUACAAAAACCAUUGGGUUUGUAUCUUUUAGCUCGGUCGUCUCCUUCCACGUUAUAGAUAGACAGUUAUUCGUGUAACCUCUUUUCCAUGAUCUAUACUGGCAAUCUCCAACCAUAUGGCCCGAUACGUUAAAUAUAGGUCAACCGAAGGCACGUGCGUUUCCCCAUUAAACGAACAAUUAGAAUCAUUAGCCGCGAAUACAAUACCGCGACCGUGUUAACACAUUCUAAUAAGAGCGCAAAAUUCGUGACAGCAUCGAUAUUCGUACGCAUUGUUCGAAAACUGUUGCUCGUCGUUGAACGUCGUUCGAUGACGCAUAGAAGAAUAUCAAUGGUUGAGGUAGUCGAGCGAAACUCUCAACGCGAGUAUCAUCGAAACGUUUCCCAUAAUCAUCGUGGUAGCGAUGUAAUUAACAGGAAACAGAUCUAUCGUACGGUAAUAAACGAAUCGCUUUUUCCUCCGGUUACGUCCCUGUAAUUAAGGAUCAGUGAAAUCUCGUCUGUUAGCGCGUUUCUUUUUUCACUUUCCGGCAGUAUUAAAGGCAUAGCGGAAUCUUUGGAUAAAAUAAGAGACACAAAUUGCACCGUUCGUUCGAAUCGAUAAAAGAGGAAACGAGGCGAGUAUUUCCUUAAAAUCUAUGCCAACGCGUACCAACAGCGUAUAAUAUUCUUUUCAUCGUGUCCAGCUGGAAGCCGUAAAGAGGCCUUGCCUUUCACGACGAUUUAUCCGAGCUUCUCGCGAUUUGCGCAAAACGAUUUGAGCCUGGAAUAUUUAAUAAACAAUGUCGCGUUUCCGUGGCUUCCACGUGCCUUCCACACCGCUCUAAAAUCUAUGCUUACGUUUGAUUCGUAAUCCGUUCUCAUUACCGAGUACUCAUUGUUAAAGAAAACGAUGCGACAACGACGAUGUGACUCCGUGAGUCACGAUGUCACGCGAAACAAAACGUCCACACAAAGAAAUCAAAGAAGGUGACUAAAUUCGUUAUUUAUUCCUGUCGUAAGUUCUGCAAUUGUAGGCGGUCGCCAACACGCUAUGAACUAUGUACAUAUGUAUGUACGAUCGAUACAGACGUUCACAGAAGCGUGAUAAUACAGAAACGUAAAGUCACGAAUCAUCCGUAAUGACUUUCGCCGAGUCAACAGAUACGUUAUACGACACAUGUUUACUCCUUCAACAUCUGCUCUUCACGUGACUUUUUCAUGCAAAUAUUCUUAUUAGCGCUCUAUAUAUGUACGUCAAAUAGAUGCUACUAUCGCCGGAAUUCGAACAUGAUUAAUGGCGUUAAUAUCACGCUUUAUAUAAUAUAAUCACGUGUUUACAAUUAAUUAAAAGCGAUCCAACAUUAUCAAACGAUUCGAGUAGAUAAGAAUAAAAUUGGCCAAAUUUCUUCUUAAUCGAUAAAUAGGAAUUUCUCAUGCUCCGCUUCGAUACGAAGAAUCGCGUUAGAUUUUGACAAGGUAACGCCGUGUUUAUCGCUCAAACGCUCCAUGGUAACGAAUUCCACGUGAUUCUUGCGGCUUUCGUGGCUAACUGACACUCGGGCUCUGGUUACGCUCGUCCUCACGUAGAUCGAAUUUGGCACGAUGCUGAAGUUUCAAACCGCGACCAAAGAAGACCUGAAACUGGCCGCAUCCAUUCAGCGCAGACGGCAGAUAGAUGCGGAAAGAAAGGAACGAAUAUUCAAUCCACGAUUCAGGAAAAUCGGAAUAGACAAGGAAUUCUUGGACAAACAGGUCGCGGAAAAGAAGCAGCAACGUGAGCUGGAACAGGCCCGAGAAUCUCAGCUCGACGAGAAUUUGAUUCGCAGUAGUAAGGUCGCUUUACUGCUGGAAAAAGAACAAGAAGAGGAAAGGCGAAAUAUAAAUAAGGAGAUCGAACACUUUAGACAGCAGUAUCAGCGUGCUGAACAGCGUCGGGAUUUCGAUCUUUACGAUCCGACUGCUCUUAAGAAAGGCGAUGUCGACCUUUCUUUCGAAGCUGGUUUUGGGCAGAGAUUCGCGGGCGAGGACGAUAAUGCAAAAGAACGGUCGAAAGCGCAGAAAGAGGAGAUGAGGUGGUGGAUCGAAAAGCAAAAGAACGAACGUAUGCAGGCGGAGAGGGAACGCGAGGAAGCCGAGAAAGCGUACGAAGCAGCUGUCAUCUCCAGGGACAAGCGUGCCAUGGCGUUAGAUCAGAUGGAACGGGACUGUCGUCGAAGAUUGAACGAAGCCACCGCGCAAUUUAAUCGAGCUCUGGCUGAGGAGCAGAAGUACCGCCGCCACUGCGAAGCCCUUCAAGAGGAGGAGGACAAGAAGGCGGAUAUCUACAAUCACGUGACUGGGGACUUCCUUACGGAAGCCAAAGAGCAGGCGGAGAGCACUCAUGGACCGCACAAACCGUUGGCCUCACGUUACAAGGGCAUGACUGCGGACGAGCUUAGGGUUUUCAGAGAGGCGCAAACACAGCAGCUGAAAGAAAUCGAGAAAAUGAGAUUAGAGGAGAAGCGAAGGGACGAGGAAUGGGAUCGGUUAAUGAACACCCAGGCAGAGAUAGCGGAUUCGUAUCAACGUGAAAUUGACCGGAGAAGAACAGAGAUUAAGAGGAAGAUAGCAGAGGAGAAUUUGGAACUCGCGCAACAACACAAAUCUCAUCAGGAUUAUCUGAACCGUGUGCUCUACAAAAACAAACCGACUGCAGCCUUCUUUGAGCAAUUUAACAGAGACGCCCGCUAAAACGAAAGCUUAUACAAUGAUACGAAUAAAUGACAUUUUUUUAUAUA